AUGCGGUUGCUUCGUCUUAGAGGCUUUCGCAUUACCUUUGUCCACACUGAAUACAACUACAAACGCUUGCUCAAUUCAAGAGGUCUUAAAGCCCUUGAUGGCAUUCCAGAUUUUCAUUUUGAGACCAUCUCAGAUGAGACCUUUUUCCUACCCUUUCGUGAACUUCUUGUUAGACUCUAUGAUUCUGCCACUGCCGGCAUUAUACCUCCAGUUACUUGCUUGGUUUUUGAUUUGUCCAUGACUUUCACUACACAAGCUGCUCAUGAACUAGCACUCCCUAUUGUUCUAUUUUCACUUGCUAGUGCCUGCAACUUAAUGGCUACUUUGCACUACCGUGAGCUUUAUGAUAAAGGUCUCAUACCACUCAAAGUUACUGAUGAAGGUGUCACUGUUUUCCCAUCAUUCUCUUUGAAAACGUAUUGGGAGUUCUCUGCCUUUAAGAGUCCAACUAUGGGCGCUGAAGGUUCAUGGUAG